CUCUAUGGAAUGUAAAACAAAGAAAUGGUAGUGUAAAUAUUUCGUUUCCGCGGAGAGACAGGUGGUUUAAAUGUAAUACAUCCAAGUUUAUUUGCGAUCACUUGUCUGCGAUAGGUAUCACUGUGUGUUUAGUGUGAAUCAAAUCAAUUUCCCUUGCAUAUUGAUCAUGGCGACAACGCAAGAUGGGCUUGGAACUCGUCUUCAAGAAGCUCUCAAUUUGAGGGAGCUGAUGGACACGUCUGUGACCACGUUCGCCGUGGCCCCGCCCGACUCCGACGACGAACUGGACACUUGCCAGAAUAACUUCGUGCAGGACACGGACGUCCUGGAGAGGAUGACCCUGAGCUGCCUGGACAUGGGCGAGGACACAGACUCCACUCUGAGCCCCUUCGAGCGGAUCGCCUCCAAGAUGACCAACGUCACCGGCUGCGGGAAAGUCCGCAAGCAGGUACUCCGCCCUGGCGAGGGGUCCCCGGUCCCAGAGAACGCUGCAGUCGUUAUCCACUACAACGCGUUCAUCGAGCACUUUGACGAGCCGUUCGACUCGACCUACCUGCGGGGCAAGCCGGACCGGUUCACCCUGUCCUCGGACGCGGUGAUCCCGGGGCUGCAGGCGGGGCUGAGGACCAUGCGCAAGCGCGAGAAGGCCUACUUCCUGGUGCACCCCGACAUGGCGUACGGCGAGCUGGGCUGCCCCCCGCGCAUCCCGCCCAACGCGGAGGUGCUGUUCGAGGUGGAGCUGCUGAGCUUCCUGGAGGACCCGGGCUUCUGCCCCGAGGACGACCCCCGCCAGAAGUCCUUCGACGACCACUACAAGUCGGCGCAGGCGUUCAACCUGCAGGGCAACGACGAGUUCCUGCGAGGGAACACCAAGGUGGCCGUCGCCAGGUACAGGCAGGCGACCAGCAUCAUGGAGCGGGUGCGCAUGGAGAACGAAGAGCAGGAGGCGCGCUACAAGAAGCUGCUGUUCCGGCUGUACACCAACCUGGCGGUGUGCUACAACAAGGACUGCAAGCCGUACAAGGUGCUGGACGUGUGCAAGCGCGCGCACGCCAUCGCCGACGACACGCGCGGCAAGCUGCUCUUCAACCAGGGGCGAGCGCUGCUCACGAUCGGAGACUUCCAGCCGGCCCUCAGGUGCUUGAACAAGGCGAGGAAGCUUGCUCCCAGCGACGAGACCAUCAGCAAGGAGAUACGCAAGUUGAAUACGCUGAGGAAUAAAUUCAACGAUGAAGAGAAGAUGAGGUUGGCUCGUUCGUUUGGACUUGAGGCUCCGAAGACUGCCAAUGGCCAAGCCCACACCGAAGGCGCGGUGUCGGAGGGCUUCGCCGACACGGCCAGGAGCAUCCUGCUGGACUUGAAGGACGGCCGCAGGAGCGCCGUGCCGCUGCCCAAGGGCCUGACCGGCGCGGAGGAGGCCUUCAUCAAGAGCGAGGCGUGCCAGCUGGGCGUGGCCGUGCACAUCAGCAGCCGUGGCGGCCACAAGUCCCUGUGCGUCGCGCGCCCAGCCGCGCCGGACCAGUGAGGCGGCAGUUGCGUGACCAGAGUCCCUGAAAAGUUACCAAGUUUCACAUAGUUAUCGUAGUCACCACCAGGGGCGUAGUCAGCGGGGAGGGUUUUAGGGGUUCAAACCCCCCCCCCCCCCCCCUAUCACCAAAUCAUUAAUUAAUUUCUUAUUCAUCACUCAAACAAAUUUCAUAUUAAAAUUAAUAAAAAAAUUUACCAUUACAAUAUUUAAAUUUAAGUGCCGAAAACUGCUAAAAUAGCAAUAUUUUACACCUUAACAUCCAAGUUUUCUCGGGGGAGCACCCCCGGCCCCCCACUGAAUUAGGGGGGGGGGGGGGGGGGGCAUGCUUCUUAACACCCUCCAUACACAAAUCUUGGCUACGCCACUGGUCGCCACAAUGUGCUCUGUACAAAAUAGUAACUUCGUGGUUUGAUGUGAAAUUUAAUUUUGAAAAUGCUUGGGAGAAACCAAUAAUAUUGUGUCAGAAAGUACGCGUCUUUUGUCUCCAAAAGAUAGAAUCAGUGGUACCUUACAAAAAUACCUCGUUUAAAAGUACUUCUUUUGAGAUCCCUUCUGGGGGUUUUCUAUUUACGAAUUGUUAAGUAUAAUUUACUUUUAAUAUUAAGGACGUAAAAGGUGGGUUUUUCUUUGUGUUUGGUUAAUGUGUGAUUUCACUGUAUUUAAUUACUGUAAUGUCCCAAACAUUAGGAUGGACAAAGUUACAGUAAAUAAAUAACUUAAAACAAACAUACCAGAAGGAAAAUUUGUUAAAACCAAGCUUAGAUUAAAAGCGUUCAGGAAAUAAUUUAGGAGAAAAAACUUUUCUUCGCGUAAUGUUCCACUUUAAAUUUGGUUCUUCCCUGAGCUAUGCUAACUUUUGUCACUUGCUGUUCUGCCCCUGUUACUGAGAGUUCAAGGCAACUAUCGCAGCAGCUUACCUACUCCAACCUGAAGAGUGGUGCUGAUAGGUGAACUCUACACACACUUGGCAUGGUUGGACUGACGCAGGAGAGUUAGAGGCACUGUAAUGGCAUCAGGAUACGUAAUCGUGAUUGUCCUUCUGUCGUGUGUUCUAAAAUUGUUUCUCUUAAAGCAACUUGUCUUGAAUAUUAAAGUAAAAAUUUCCUUGCCCAAUGCAGUCAUUUUUCCUCAUUUUAAAUACAAAUGCUUUUGGAUCAACAAGGCCCUCCAAACUUUGCUAAUCUUCAACUACACAAAUCACUCAAAAGCUGUAUUUAAUAAUUGAUAUGACUUUGCCAGGAAAUUUGCUGUUUGUUUUGUUGGAAGCUUGGGUUGUGAUGCAAAACAUCGCGUCUGAUGUGAAGCUUUGCAUUCGUUGCAAAGUUAAAACAUUGGAAACAUAAGAUUCACUCAUAAAAAUACAUAUUUAGUUUGUUUUUUUUCGGAUAUUUUUCUUGAAAAAGUUGGUUAUUUGUAAAAAUCAAAAGAUGGCACUCCAUUUGCUUUUAUGAAUGCUCGAUAUUAAUAUUCUACAUGGUUGUAUUAUAAUUUUUAUUGAAUGAUGGUAUAUAUAGGACCAAAUUGGUUAAUCACUUAAACUUAAUUAUGUAGGUCAAACAUUAUAAACAUUAGACAAUUAUUUUUUUUUUACUCCAAUCAUGUGUUUUAUAAAGUACGUUUAAUACAGCUUCGCACAAGAACAAUUUUCACAAUUCAGUUUAAUUUCACAAAUAUUUUUAACUUUUUUUGUUAUUUGCUUUGCAUCAAAAAACUAGUAUUUGCACAGGCAUAUUCCAAACUCAAACCAAGCCGUAGUUUUUGGUAAUAUAACAUUAAUAGUGACAUUAUGGAAAGGACGAAGUAGCGUAAGCACGCCAUUUCAGUAAAGCGUUGGGAGUGUCAAAUGCAGCUGGUGUAAAGAUCAACGUAUUACAAUCAAAAUUGUAAAUGCCGAUUCAAAAUGUUGACUUUCCUGUUUUGCCAGUGAUCUGGAGUUCGACAAUAUUGAAGGGUCGGAGUGCUGACUCGGAGCUUCACUGCUCGGUCACUGGCCUUGUCCAGGUGUUAUGCGAUGGCUUCUCUCGCAACUACUUUGUGCACUUGAGUGGGAUUAUGUAUGUGUUGUGUCGUCUUGUGUAUACACACACGUCAUUCUGAUCGUAAGGAAGCAUUUUUACCAAAUACCGUAUUUACUCGCGUAAAGGCCCCGCCCGCGUAUAAGCCCCCCACAUUUUGUAAACAUUUUUGAGAAAAAAUUUAAAAACGUGUUUUUCUGGAUUUAUCUGAGGGCAGGGCAGCUUGGCAUGCAUCAAACAACAAGCCAUGUAUUGUGAGCGGCGGGAGGUGAUUUUGUAAGCGGCAGUGAUACAGAGACUGGUAUUAUAGUUUGUCCGUUCUCAGUAGGACCGUCGUGAGGCAUGCCAGACGUAAGCAGUUAGUCCUAUCUCAAACGACAUAAAGAUAAAGAAAGCUGGACUCGCGCGCUGCCGCUGUGUUGAUGUGGAGUGUUGUCGGAAUCAGGUGGGGGACACUUCAUAGGGCAAGGCAAUCACAUUUUUCUAGUUGCUAUACAGUUUUAUCCAACAUCUGAGCACGAAAAUUAUAAUCAAAAUACCACGUUGAUUAAAUAAAUAUUACAUUUGUUUUAACAUUUUAUCAAAUUUAUGGCAUAAAUUGGUAUUGUUGAAAUGAAAAUAAUAUAUUUACUAGGGAUGGGACGAAUCCACAUUUUGGUCGAAUCCGAAUCCUUGUUCGAAUCCUCAGUGUUUGUCAUCGAAUCUCGAAUCCCAGUCCCACACUAAAUUUCACAUGUUAUUAAAAAAAAAUCACAUGUGUAUUUAUAAAAUUAUAAAAUAAGUGCAUAGUGUAUACACCUGAUAUAAAAUAGACAAAUAACCUCAAAAACCACACACGUAAGUUUGCAUCCGUCUAAUUCUCUGUUACAUUAAUCCUUCCUAUGUUUUCAAUAAAAUACGUUUGUAUAACAGACACCAUUUAAAAAAAAUUAAGUUUUUUUUCUGCAAUGUUAUAUUAUUGAAGGUUGGAAAUGAUCAAGUAGUUAUGCUAAUUGACAAAAUGCAGCGUAGUUAAUCUUAUGUUUGUGCUAUUUCCGUUACCUUUAUAAUAUUAUUUAGGUAUACAAUUUUCUAGAGCUGGACGAACGUCAGUUCUCUAGUUUCGAACUGAAUCGAACCAUAGCAAAAAAAUUUCGAACCGAGACGAACCAAACCUCAUACAGAAAUAAUUGUUUGGAAUUAAAAUGAACCGACCACCAGCAUUUUGGUCUUUAACUGAAUGGUGAGAAAGAAAAGUUCUCCAGCCAUAUGUAAAAUUAAAACAUAUGGCUUAGCUUUAUUAAAUUGCAAUACAUUUUAUAAGUUAAGUUUAUGCAAUAAAUAAUGAAGGAAAGAAAACAGUUUAGAGAAAAUCAUUUUGCAUUUAAUUUCUUUAUAUAUACUUUUAAUUCAUGAAGAAGUUCCAUAUAAAUUUCAAAAGACUAGGUAUCUUCCUUUUUCAGUGUACACUAACCUUCAUUAAAAAAAUAUAUUAUUAUAAAGAUGACGAACAUUCAGCAUAAGGCCACAUAACAUUUUUAAUAAGUAACACUUUUUAAUAGGACAUUAAAAAAAAGUCGAAUGUGAAUUAAGUUACCUAUCUACAUUACAAAACCCGCUGACUGCAGUUACUGUUUUCUUGGAAGAAUGCUGCUCGUCAGAAGAAACUUUAGACAUUUUUUGGGGUGGUUCUGGGUCAUCUGGGUAGACAUUAUCUUUUCUCCAUUUAGAAAACUUCAACGACGUAAGCCUGCUCAUCGCAAAUCACCUCAAGAACAAUAAUUUUGUUAACGUAACGUAAGAAGUGUGGUUAUAGAAAUUUGCGUCGGAAAAAAGAAAACACGAGAAAUAAUGAUGGCUGCCGCAACUACGCUAGUCAACUUAGUACCGUACUGUAAAAUUUACUGGACCAGUACUUUUAAUACACAAGAUUAAAUUAAUAUUUUCAGUACCUGACUGUUAUAACCAAAAAGGCCAAAGAAAAUAAAUACAUCCCAGUAAUUUAAAAUAGGUACGUAAUUUACGUAAUCAUUUCCUACCGCAUUUGUCUUGUGUUAACUUGAUCACGUUAGUUUUGCCGAAAUACGAGAGUUCUCGUACAUGCGCUUUAGUUUAACGUAUGGGUUACGCAAUCUUUGGUGAUUUUACAACACUUCUCGUACACGCACUAUAGUUAAAGGUAUAAUAUACAAUACCUUUGGCAUUUGUACGAUAGUUUAUAUUACGUAGUACGAAAAAUGCAUACAAAAAUCUCUAAAGUAAAUAAAAAACAAAGCGCGCUUAUAUGAAAAAAAUUCUAUGCGAGUUAUGCGACAAUUAAUAAUUUUUUUUUGUCUGCACUUGAAACUGUUGAGGUGACGAUUAUGCGAUAAAAGUAGGAUUAUUACAUGUAAUGGAAUUUUGUUGUGCUGUUUUGUGAAUGGUCUCAAAUGGGGGUUAGAAAAUUAGAAAAACGUAAUUUUUUUUAAACGAACGUUCGGUUUUUCGAAUAUAUUUUAUGAGGUUUCGAACCGAACCGAACCGAACGUAAGGGUUCGGUUCGGUUCUAAAUUUUCGAACUUCGCCCAGCACUACAAUUUUCAAUUACUACCUAAAACUCUUAAAAACCCACCUCGAAUCCUACCUCGAAUCCCACCUCGGAUCCUACGAAUCCUCGAAUCCAUAGGAUUCGGUAUAUUCGACGAAUCCAAGAUUCGAAAAUCCCAUCCCUAAUAUUUACUUAAAAGAAAAUAAACAAAUUUUUGUUGGCCUGUUGAACCACUUGUUUAUCCAACAACACCAUAAUUAAUGGCGUCGGCGUUGAAUUAAGCAAUAUUAGGUUAAAUAAAAAACUUUCUAAGGAAAUUUUGUUUCAAUCAUGUUGAAAUAGUAAUCUCGUUAAAUAAUAUCAAUGAUUUCAUGAACUACGAUUCGGCUACGUGUUGUGUUAACUACUGGUACAAGAGAAGAGAUAAUAAUAAUUAACUUUACUUUAAGUUUCCGCUUGACGAAACUAGGUAUGUGUAAAUUAUUAAAACGAAACAAAAUAAAAGUUUUGUGUAAUUAAAAUAGUGAUGAGCAUUUUAUUUUCAUGCCCUACAGAAUUUCCUCUUUUUAGGCUGUGUGUAGUCGCACGAGGACAAGCACACAAUACAUUAAUACCUAGGUACUGUUCUAAAUGUCAAUGAGUCUCAAAUACUGCUCAAACUUGCUACUUAUGUACUUUAAUUAGUCUAAAUGUUUUGUAUGAAUUUAAUUUUUAGGUCGAGAGGGAGGUGUGGGUAAAAAUUUUGUAUUGCGUAUCCAAGUCUAUCCCUUGAUACUAAUGGCAUUAUCCUGUGGUAAUGAUUCUUGCUGUGUUAACAUUAAUUAAAACAGCAAACAUCAUGUGCCACCGGAUAAAUCAUACAUGAUCAUGCCAACAGGAUCAAGGGAUAAACUUGGAUACGUGAAAUAGAACAAUUACCGAGGUCAGGGUUGCGAUAAAAUGAAGUGUCUUUUAAAUUUUUAUGUUGAAAUUAAGCUUUUUUUUUCCUUAACAAUUGCUAUACACCUGUCUUCAAGAAGUGAAGAUACGAGAAUGAUUUGUACUUUCACCUAAUCCAUUAAGAAUUGAUGCCAUUGGUAACAGCUUCAUUUCAGUUUUUGUGGGAAAAUUGUACAACUUAAGCAGUCAAAUUUGCCAGAAAUACACAUUGCCUGUGUUAAUGAUUAAAUACUUCUGCACGUUUUUUUUAUGCAUUAGUUUUGUUUGCGAUUUGUAAUGCAAUUCGGUAGUUACCUACGAAAAUCCUAACCUUAACUUCAAUCAACGUGAUUCUACUAGAACAGAAAUUGUUCCUUGUACAUAAAAAAAUGCAGAAAUUUAAUAUAAUCCAAAAAUAUGUUACAUGUUAUGCAUUUUAACAAAUGUUAUGAUACGUAAACAAAACAUUUUUAACCGAAAUGAGGUUAAGGCAAACACUGUCCCGAAGGUAAGAAAUUUACUUAUUGUUUUAAAAAUAUUGCUCUCCUAAAUCAUUUUAUGUUACGUUUACCGAUAUUUAGUUAAAUGAUUUGCUUAUAACGGGAAAAAAAAAUUAAAUCAAUAUUUUUAUAAAUAUUAAUGCAUGCACGAAAAAAGUCCCAAGCUCGCCAACAUUCAGUUGAAGCUGCAAAUUUCCCUACUAUUCAAAUUAGUGUUUUAAGCAUAUUAACUGCAAAUUGUACUUUCUACGAUCAAUGUUGUAUUUAAAUUAAAAUUUACUUAUAAUUUGAAACGUAAGUCUUACUCCAGAAUGUACUUUAUCUCGGUUUUAAGCCAUUGCAACUUCGUUUUAAUGUUUGUCAAGUUUGCGUUUUUGUAUAGCAACUAGAGCUUUUCUGAAUAAAAAAAAAGUAGAACUGCAAUAGCAUUGAGUGUCCACUCUGUACUAGUACUUUAUUUACUCUAUGGUCGGAAUAGAAGAGGGGAAGUGAAGGAGGAAGGGAAGUGGGUCAAGGAUUCUAACACUCCUUUGUCUGGUUGGCUGGCUAGCUGGCAGGAGGGAGGUUAAGCCACGCCUCUGCCUCUCUCCCCCCCUGCCACAGCGCUGCCUCUCCCCCCUGCGGAGUCGAUGCCUCUCUUUCCCUCCUGCCGCAUCGCUGCCACCCCCGCCUUCCUCAUUCGAACAAAGACGCACGACUUGAAAAGAAAAAUCUAUUUUUUCCUCCAAAUUCACGUAUAGGCCCCCUCCCCUUUUUUGGAGUCAAAAUUUGGGGAAAAAAGGGGGGCCUUUACGCGAGUAAAUACGGUAAGUUGUUCAUACGUUACUGCAUUUAAACUUGAAGUUGAAAUAAAUGUAAAUUUACAGUACAGGAUUACUCGAGCAAAAGUGAGAUCCGAAUUAAAAAAGUGAUGUUCAGAUAACUGUUGUGUUGAGACUAAACUUUGGUGGUCCUUCACCACUUUGCUUUGUUUUUAUUGUUCUUAAAAAUAUUUUAAUUUUGAAACAAUGACAAAGAAAACUUAGUUUUAUAAGACUUGGUCAGUAGUUUUCGUUUUACUAGACUUGGUCAGUAGUUUUCGGUGAAUAAUUUUUUUUCCAGUGGAGUCAUAAAUGCCCCUGCAUAUUUCAAACUGUCGAGGUGAUGUUCAAACCCAGCGUUAAUAAGUAGAUCUCUGAAUUGUGAAGCAAUCAAUGUUGGGUAGUGAUUUUCUACACAAGCUAGAGCUCUAUUGGUUGGGCAAUUGUUUUCUAGCAGUUUUAGCUCUGAAAUAAAAUAAAAAAGUCUGAAGAAAUUCCUAGUGAUUUGCCACACUAGCAAAUCUGUGUUCAUGUGGAAAUGGAAAAAUUUGAGUUUGUUUAGAGAGAGUUUAAAUUUUGAGUAAUGUUUGCAAGCAGCAUGACUUCAGUGCUAUCAAUAUGUAACUUUUCAAGGGACAGUGGGGGGGGGGAAAUGUUCUAAAGUGCUUUUAAGUGUAAAAUCAUGUGUGUAAGUAAUGGGUUUCGCUGUUUCUUUGCAAAGUGUUAAUAUUUUUGUGAAUUGUGCAGGUUGAGAACUAAUUGUACUAUGCACAACAUUGUGUAGCAAGCUAGCAAGCAGUUCUUAGUGGAUGGCCAAGAGCAUGUACUGAGUGAUGAUAUAACAAGAACUACCCAUAUUUGUUGACGUAUAGUACAUGUCUUUAUUUUUAUACAAGCAAUAUGAUUGUAUCUGUUUGGUAAUAAAAACAAGUAUGUAAAUAUUGUUGGUCUUAUAAAUAACACUUUGUAAGUGCAAAGUAAUAAUGUGAUUAGAAAAUUUUAAUGAUAAAUAAA